AUGGAACUUACAUCUACAUUCAAAAGUCUCAGAACAAUUGCAUUCCGGCGAAAGUCUUUCAAUACUCACAAGAAACGAUCUCUACUGAAACCAAUGAUAACCGUAUCAGCGACUGGUUGUAUCGUGGCAUGUGUUGGUCCUUUCCUCUCCGAUUUCUCCAACAACGACGCUUCGAUAAUCAAGAACGUUUUUCUCGAAAACAUGGACAAGAUCUUGGAAUGGAUUGAAGAGAAUGACAUCGUCGUAGUUGAUAGAGGAUUUCGUGACGCCAUCGGCGUGAUGCAAAGCCUUGGUUUAGACGUCGUCAUGCCGCCUUUCUUAGAUAAUCGGCGACAAUUCACGACUCAAGAGUCGAACGAAUCUAGAUGCAUCACCAAGAUUCGAUGGAUUGUUGAAGGAGUGAAUCGACGCAUCAAGGAAUUUCAAAAAAAUAGGAUCGAAAGACUGCUGAACGAGAACAAUCUGAUGAGACGCCCCUCUGCAUGGGAAACAAUUGAUCACACUGACAUCAUUGAUGAUUUUCCGACACUGUCCGAAGAAGAUAUCGGUGACAUCAUUCUGAAACGUGCUCCAUCGUACACCGCGGAAAAAGCUGGUACCAACGACUUAACUGCAACUGUUCCAUACAGUAUUCAAAUGUGUCGAUCAUUCCCCAACCUUAUCCGAGCGUCAACUCAGUCGACUCAAAGUCAGCGGCGAAGCUACUAUCCUACGAUUCAACUGUCGUCAGAUGAAAUUCUUGGCUGGUGGUGCGAUUGUCCAGUGGGUAGUCGAGUCCUCGGAUGCUGUAGUCACGUUUUGCCAGUGAUCUGGUUUCUCUGUCAUCGACGAUGGCAAUCGAACAGCCGACGCCGAACGUCCACAGAUCUGAUGAGCUUCUUCACAGACUCUGUACCCAUUUCAGAUUUCUACGAUUCCUCCGAUGACGAAAGCGCUACAACCGACCGAUACUCAUUAGCCUGA